GCUGCUGCUGACAAGAUGGCGGCGGCGGCGGCGGGGCCCGCGGGUCCGGCCGGGCCCGAGAGCCGGGUGCUGGGCUACACCCUGCACCGCUGGAGCAGCUUCUCCUCCACCUACCUGCCCGAGAAUAUUUUAGUGGACAAGCCUAAUGAUCAGUCUUCAAGGUGGUCUUCAGAAAGCAACUACCCUCCCCAGUAUUUGAUUCUGAAACUCGAAAGACCUGCCAUAGUCCAAAGUAUCACCUUUGGCAAAUAUGAGAAGACUCAUGUCUGCAAUUUAAAGAAGUUUAAAGUCUUUGGUGGGAUGAAUGAAGAAAACAUGACAGACCUAUUAUCCAGUGGCUUAAAGAAUGAUUAUAACAAAGAAACAUUCACCUUGAAGCAUAAAAUUGAUGAACAGAUGUUCCCCUGUCGAUUCAUUAAGAUAGUUCCACUGUUAUCAUGGGGGCCCAGCUUCAAUUUUAGUAUCUGGUAUGUUGAACUUAAUGGCAUUGAUGAUCCAGAUGUGGUCCAACCCUGCCUCAACUGGUACAGCAAGUACCGUGAACAGGAAGCCAUUCGUCUAUGUCUAAAGCAUUUUCGCCAGCACAACUACACUGAGGCUUUUGAAUCACUGCAGAAGAAAACCAAGAUUGCGCUAGAGCACCCAAUGUUGACAGAUCUGCAUGACAAACUAGUGCUGAAAGGAGACUUUGAUGCUUGUGAAGAAUUGAUAGAAAAAGCUGUAAAUGAUGGCUUGUUCAAUCAGUACAUCAGUCAGCAGGAAUACAAACCGCGUUGGGGUCAGAUUAUCCCCAAAAGUACCAAAGGUGAUGGAGAGGACAGCAGACCAGGAAUGAGAGGAGGCCAUCAGAUGGUCAUUGAUGUACAGACAGAAACUGUUUAUUUGUUUGGUGGCUGGGAUGGGACUCAGGAUCUGGCUGACUUCUGGGCAUACAGUGUGAAGGAAAACCAGUGGACCUGUAUAUCUAGAGAUACUGAAAAAGAGAAUGGUCCUAGUGCCAGAUCUUGUCACAAGAUGUGCAUCGAUAUUCAGCGAAGGCAAAUCUACACACUGGGCCGUUAUCUGGAUUCCUCCGUGAGGAACAGUAAAUCUCUGAAAAGCGAUUUCUACCGUUAUGACAUUGACACGAACACAUGGAUGUUGCUAAGUGAAGACACUGCAGCAGAUGGAGGUCCCAAGCUGGUGUUUGAUCAUCAGAUGUGUAUGGAUUCAGAAAAACACAUGAUCUAUACAUUUGGAGGUAGGAUUUUGACAUGUAAUGGCAGUGUAGAUGACAGCAGAGCCAGUGAACCUCAAUUUAGUGGAUUGUUUGCUUUUGACUGUCAAUGUCAAACAUGGAAACUGUUGAGAGAAGAUUCAUGUAAUGCUGGACCUGAGGACAUCCAAUCCAGAAUAGGACACUGCAUGUUAUUCCAUUCGAAAAACCGCUGUUUAUAUGUAUUUGGUGGGCAAAGAUCGAAGACUUAUUUGAAUGAUUUCUUCAGCUAUGAUGUUGACAGCGAUCACGUGGAUAUCAUAUCAGAUGGCACCAAGAAAGAUUCAGGGAUGGUUCCUAUGACAGGUUUCACUCAGAGAGCCACCAUUGAUCCAGAACUGAAUGAAAUCCAUGUGUUGUCUGGGCUCAGUAAAGACAAAGAGAAACGGGAAGAGAAUGUUAGGAACUCUUUCUGGAUUUAUGACAUUGUGAGGAACAGUUGGUCUUGUGUCUAUAAGAACGAUCAAGCAGCAAAAGAUAAUCCAAGUAAAAGCCUUCAGGAGGAGGAGCCCUGCCCCAGGUUUGCCCAUCAGCUGGUGUAUGAUGAGUUGCACAAGGUUCAUUAUUUGUUCGGAGGAAAUCCUGGCAAAUCCUGCUCUCCAAAGAUGAGGCUGGAUGACUUCUGGUCACUGAAGCUCUGUCGGCCUUCAAAGGAAUACCUGUUGAGACACUGCAAAUACCUCAUAAGAAAGCACAGGUUUGAAGAAAAGGCCCAAACUGAUCCACUCAGUGCACUGAAAUACUUACAGAAUGACUUGUAUGUAACUGUGGAUCAUUCUGACCCUGAGGAGACAAAAGAGUUUCAGCUUCUUGCUUCAGCACUGUUCAAGUCUGGUUCAGAUUUCACCACUCUGGGAUUUUCAGAUGUUGACCAUACCUAUGCGCAAAGAACUCAGCUCUUUGAUACGUUAGUAAAUUUCUUUCCUGACAACAUGACUCCUCCAAAAGGCAACCUGGUAGACCUCAUCACACUGUGACAGAAAAAUCACUGGACAUGUGAAAGAAGAAAAAAGCAUCCAUUUUCAGUAUUUUAAUUUUUUUUUACUGCAUUGAUUGACUGCUGUGUGCAGUAUAUAGUGACCCCUGGGUCUUUGAAUGGGGCUUUAUACUUGUAUAAUGAAUACCUGAGGUUUUUCCCCUUGUUGAAUUAGGCUAAUAAAAUGUAACUGACAUAAAAAUAUAUAUAUAAUAUAUAUAUUUUUUCUGAUUUUGAUUUAAGAGUUAGCAAAUGUAAGAAGAAGAAAUCAAUCAUGCAGUCAUCCUUUUUGCAUUUAGGGGAAAUGCUGAGAUAUUUCAGUCUCCUUGAAACUGAAGAUGGUUUUACUUUUUUUUUUUUUUUUUUUUUUUUAAAUGCCUCUUGCUUGAUUGUAACUAGUCAUGACAUUUGCUUUGCCCUACUGGCUUUAUUCACAGCAGUUGUGUAGCUUGGCAGCAGGACACUGCUGUACAUUAAGGUAAUGUGUGUCUUUAUUGACUUGAGUCCUGUAAUUGUAAUGUGCAGUGUGAAGGAGGAUAUGUCUCAAAUUUGCCACCCUCUUCUAGUCUGAGAAACUGACUAACACUAGCGUGUAAUUGGAUUUGCUAUAGAGUGUGAACAUAAAUAUUUAGCUGGUGCUACUGUAAAUGCCUGGCUUCCAUUCUCUGAAGCCUUCUACAUAAAGCUGGCAGUCAAGUUUGAACCUCAGAGAAACCUUUGAAAAUAGAGUGCAGGAGGUGCUGGUACAAGCAUUUCUUCAGGGAUGGUUUUAUGUCUGUGCCUCUCCUGUGCUGUUUUCAUGACAAACUUUGCAAGUCCUUGUAGAGUUCUACAGAAUUGGGUCUUCCACAUCCCCCAGGCACACGCUGCACCUCUACAGCACUUCAGUCUGGAUGCAGUUUUCCAAAGCAGCACGUCUGGGUUUACGUACAUGUUGGCUCUGUGCGUAUAUUUGUGUGUGAAUGUGAAAUUUAAUGAGGAUUGUUCGCAACAGCUUGUGUUUUGUCUUUGUCCUAUGUAGCACAGCUCAUUUAAGUGCAUCUUAGAAUUAUUCUGUGCACAAAGGCCUCUCCCCUCGUUUAAAGGGUGGAUUUAUUAAAAUAAGCUGAAUGCAUAUGUCCAGAAAGUGGACUUUAUUUUCUCCCUUGCAGAAAACGUUCUUUGUAUGUAGGCCAAAGGGCUUGGAGCUGCACUGUGUCCGUAAAGUAUAAUGAAGGACACAUGCACCUAGUGUUAGCAUAUACUUAAAUUCAGUGCCAGAAAGCAUGCAGUUCAAACUGGUUGAUAAAUUAUAUAAAGACUGUAGAGAUUCAUGUCUAGAGGGCCAACAGCCCAUAGGACAUGAAUCCUGAAUUUCCUGUGUCUGAGUAACUUUUUUUCUCUGAAUUUACUGGAAGUAUUGUGUGUGCAGGGAUGAUGGAUUAGACUUUUUUUAAAUGAAAAGAAAUGACAGUGAAGAAUAUUUUUUUCAUAGUUCUAGUAUUCUUGUGCUUUCAUUCAGUUAGUCCCUUUCUUCCUCACAUUUUGUUUCCAGUUUCAGUACAUUGGAAAUCAUGAUGAAAAAUUUGUAAUAAUAUUUAGCUUAUUAAGCUAUUAAACACCCAGAAAUCUCAGUACAUUAGAGGCUGGAUUUGCUUUAAAAACUGUGUGAUUAGACUUGACUCUCUUCCCCCCCCCCCCCCCCGAAAGGAUUAUAGAUGUAGGGGGUUUUUUUUAAGUUACCACUAACUUACUGUUGGGCAAGUAAGUUAAUGUAGUUAACAGGUAGCAAAUCAAAAAAUCAAUGGAAAACACAGUUUAGCAAAUACAAUCUGGUUAAAUGUCCAAAAAAAAAAAAUUUCUCCAGUAACAUGAAAAAGUGCCAUGCCACAGGUUUUUUUUGUUUGUUUUUUUUACUGCAUGUUGUAACCCUCUGGUUCUUUGCAAGGUAAUUGCUAGGUUAAUUUUGUUGCUUCCAUUAGCAUUGUGCCAUAGCACUGCUGUUUUGUAACUAAACUAAAUUUUUCAGUCCUCAAGUACUGAGAUUUACAAUGCUGUGUGCUGUUUAUCUUGGGACUAUGAUUAUGCAUUCUGUUCACAGAAACAAACUUGCUCACAACAUCAAGCGGGUGAUUCUUGUUUUUUUGGUGGUUUUUUUUGGUUCUCCCCCCCCCCCCCCCCAAUCUUUCUAAGCAGUUUACCCCAAAGCAUUUACUCUUCUAACUUUUUUUUCUAGCUGGUGGGUUUUUUUCCCCCCAUGUUACCUUUUAACUUUAUUUUUAUUUAAAUAAAGUUGAACCAAAGUGAAGCAAUUAUAUUAAAAGUAACCAACAGUAGAUUUAGUGGAGGGUCUAAUAAAAAAACACCAAAUGUUUUUGGGGUAGUAACCUCACUGAGAAGCAUAUCUUGCAAAUCAAGCUGUGAUUAAGUGACAACAUAUUCACUUUAUUGAAGUGAAGUAAAGCAUGAUCUCCGUGUGAUCUGAUGAGAGAUUUGCAAACAUAAUUGGCUAGCGUGUGUGUAUGUGUGAUUUUGCUGAAAACUACUGGGAGUAAAAUUCUCAAUUUUAAAGUUUAUCUCUGAUAUAUAUAGACAGACACAUAACGGCAAAUGUUCAGUCAUGGGCUUACGCCUGCUGUGUGCUAGGGGCAGGUGGGGAGGUUGUGGAUGCCUGCAAGUGCAGAAAGUUAAAUUCGCUAGCUUAGUACUUCCUACACAAUGACUGACAAUCCGGUCUCUUAUCCCAAGCUAAUGGGAGUACUUCAGGAAUAUCAAAUAUUGACACACCUUUGCUGUGUACACAGACAAGUUUACCAAUUCUCCCCACCACCACCAGUCUGUGUGCACUUUAUUGCUUCCAGCUGGUGAUUAACCAGCUGCCAUUUCCACCGCUCCUGUCCUUUUUAAGAACUGCUUGAUGUACAACCUGACACAGCAAAUGCAUUUGCAGCUGUUUAUUUGUGAAGCAAUUGAGGCACCCUGUGGCCAGAUAGGUUUAUCCAAAGUGAGUAUUUCCUAUGGAUUUGCUAAAGGGUAUCCACUACUUCCCUGCCCUCUUUAAGGUUAGUAAUCAUAAUUCUAUGAUUGGUGCUUUGCCAUAGUAUACUCUGCAUCUCUUGUAUAGCUGAUAAAAAAUAGAUAGUGUAAAAAAACGUAUUCAGUUUCCUGAGAAUGUACAGAAAUUCCUGUAAUAGCCUGUUAAAGUACAGUUGUGAUAUUAGAUUUUGGGGUUGUAUUAUGCAUGGGCUUAAGCUGUGAGUGUCAUUCCAGGAACUUAUUAGCUCCAAGCAUUAUGGAAAUACAAAUGUCCAAACAGAAGAGAUCCUCCACCUUGCUUGGAAAGGUCAUUUUAGAAGACAUUUUGUUAUAUAGUGCACUCACUGGAUAACGUCAUGCGUGUAAACACAUGCUUUACUUGGUACCAUCUCGGUACUUGAUCCUGCUGAUUACAUAGUGCCUCAAAACACUUUAAUACCGAGCCUGCCUCCUGGUGUGGAGCACAUGAAAGAACAUGUAGUAUACAUGAUCUCUACUUUGUAAACUUACUACCACAUAUUAUCCACAUUGCAACUGUAGGCCACUUCAUUACAUGGAAAUGUAAAUUGGGCGUUCUAAAGUAAGCAUUGUCCCAUUUGCUUAAGUGAGCACUUUCUACCAACUGAAGUCUGUAAAACAAAGACUAUUUUAACAUACAGCUGGCUUAUUUGUAGCGAUUUAUAAGGCAAAAAAUUUUGUACCAACAAUUUGAAGAAUCAGAAGCGAUAAUUUAAAUGUCUGCUAUUCCCAGUGCUUUCUAACUAGUAGAGACUUCGAGAGACACUGAGCCAAUGUCUACUGAUAUUGGUCUUCAGAAUGUUUGUCUUUGGGAUGGUGUUCGGUAGGUAAGUUUUUGUUCACACGAAGCUUGUUUUAUCGUAAUGUUCCUGAGAAGCUGUGUAUAAAUCUUCUGCAGAAAACAAGGCCCUUUACCUACUGCAAAUUGCCAAAACUGAAUCCAAUGUUGAAUGUAUAAUCUUAGACAUGGGUCAUGAACUUGGGGGAGUGGAAACAAUCUCUGUAUCACCCCACUUGCCAGUGGGUCAGAAGGCAGAAAUCCAUAGAUGUCCAUGUUUGUUGUGUGUUUUUAGAUAAAUCUGUAUCCUUUGGAUUCUUUCAAAAAUGGUAUCUUCAGGUAAAACUACCAUUGUAAAACGUUUACACACAUUUUGCAUGAGGCAUAUAAAUGCAAGGGACAAAAGGAAGAUUUUGGGUUAAUUUUUUUUUUAAGAAAUCAAAUUGACCAACAUUCCAUUUGACUCUUAUCUGUUGUGAGAGGUCUCAGUGGCAGCAUUCCUACAGUGGUGAGACGUGAAUGUUGUCUACACCUGUCUGCAGGGCGGUAACUAUUCAAACUAGCUACAUCCUGAUGCUUGCUGAGAGAGUUUUGACAUAUAGUUGGUCAUAAUCCAAACCCUUUUUUCUUGCUGAUCAGAGUGAAGGGUGGUCAUUCCUUGUAAUCAGAAGAUAUGCUUAUUCUGCCUUUUGCUCCCAUGCACAGUACCCCAUAUAUGUAGUGUUUAGAUGGAAACAGUAGAAAUUUAAAUAAAUACUGAUCUGUUAGGUUGCCUAUAAUUUUGUGUGUGUGUAAAUUGCAGGUUAACUUAUGAGUAAGGCCACAGGUACUGUGUAUGGAAUUGUUUUCAAAACCACGUUGAAGCAUUUGUUUUGAAAAAUCGGUGGGUGCAGACGCAGUUGCAAAGGGUUUGCAAACAGACCCUGGAGAUCAGACUGUAGGUAGAUCUGCCUGAUGAUGUACUAUAGAAAAGCCUCUGCACUGAUUUCUUUCUUUGAGAAUAGUUUUUACUAUGACACAGAGAUGGCAUCCAAUGUAGGCAUUCUUUUCCCUGAGCAUGGAGUUGCUUGAGGAAACCAUCUUUCUUGCCAGAGACAUCAGUAAUGUGAAAACUGGUGAGCAGAGUGUAAUUCAUCUCUAAGUUUGCAUAGCUCUGUUCCUAAGAAUGAAUAGCAGUGAAGAAUCCAUGAUCUCUGGAUGGGAGAUAUUGUCACAUCUCUUAUGUUCAUUGCUUUUCCUUUCUUCUUCCCAGAAGCUAAAAAGAUUUGUAAUCCCGUGUGUAAAAAUGUACUUUAUAAAACCAGUUGCUGGAGGAAACAGA